AUGGCCAAUGUUCGAGUUCCUGCGGCUGUGGUGAUCGAUCUACUACGCGAUGAGGUUGACUACGAUCAUCUGACCCCCAGGAAGCGCGGCAGAGGUCAAGGCCCUCAGGUGGAAGGGGGCACACGAGCAAGGAACUCGCGCGCUGCCGGUCCCAGUCAGGCAGCAACGAUCGUUCUGGACGACGAGGCAGGCAGCUCCGAUGAGGCCGACAUAAUUGAUCUUGACGUGGUCCGCCUUGCUGACAUCCGUGGCAAGGCGCCCAUGCAAAUGCAGAUGCUCAGCAAGCGCAGUAGAGGUGCUUACGUGGACCUAACAGGCGACGGUGAGGGGUCCCCACCGCGGCAUACCAGGGCAGCUCAUCGGCAGGCUGCCCCCCUUGGAGCACCGAGCCAGAAGAGGGACCAUGCAGCCCGGGCAGAGUUCCUGGCCCUUGAAAACGAGCAUGCGCGCCACGGAGCAGCCUUUGAUGAGAGGCCCGGCCCGUCCCAUACGGCUGCAGAGAAACACCAGGGGUCCAGCCAGCCCAUCGAUGUGUCAGGGUCACAGCCAGAUCCAGAAGACAUGUUGGGCGUGGGACCUGUGGUGCAGCCGCGGGAGGCCACGUUCAGCUGCGCAGUCUGCUACGACGAUCACCCCAUGGAGGACUGCUUCAUCGCCAGCAUGUGCAAGCACAGGCUGUGCAGAGACGCCGCUCGAGAAGUCGUUCUGGGAGCCAUGAAGAGCUGCACGUUCCCCGUCCUGUGCCCCAUCUGCCAGGCCAAGCCGGACCCGCCCUGCGCCAAGUGCGAGCGGAGACGCGCCGACAUGGAACGGGCCGCGGCGGCAGGAGAAGAAGACAACAGCGGCGCCAACGGUCCAUCCGCUUGGUGCUGCAGCUUGGAUGCGGACAUUCCGCUGCUGCUGAGCGUGGAGGAGGAGGAGCAGUACCUGGCACGAAGCCUCAAGGCCGCCACCAAUGCAUGCCCCGACCUGCUGCCCUGUCCCAGGGCAGACUGUGAGGGCGUGGCAGUUGGCGGCGAAGAGGACGCUUCGCAGCAUGUGAUCUGCAACGUGUGCCAGCAUGGAUGGUGCAAAUCAUGCAAGGUGGACUGGCAUGACGGCCUAAACUGCAAUGAUUACCAGCGCCAGGCGGGCGAGGCGGAGGCUGACAAGGGGCUGGCUGAGUACCAGAAAGCCAACAAGAUGGUGCGCUGCCCGACAUGCGGCCACGGCAUCGAGAAGAUAACGGGAUGCAAUCGUGUCACGUGCACAGGGUGCAAGACGCAGGUGUGCUGGCUGUGCGGUGACAAGCUGCCGGCCACCAACCCAUACUCCCACUUCACCUCCAAGGGCUGCCCCAACGUGGGCGGUGGCACGGCCCUGAUAGGCGCGGGCGUUCCUGCUGGGGCCUGGGCCGGUGUGCAGGGUGCACCAGGCGCUGCCCCUGCUCCCCAGCCCGCUGCAGCUGCAGCUGCUGUGGCCCCUGUGGUUGCCGCUGCUGCCCCACGGGCGGCUGCUGCAGCACAUCCGCCAAAUCCCCCGGCUGCAGCCCCGAAUGUGCCCAACUGGCUGCCAAUUCCUCGCAAUCACCGGGCUCAACGCCGCAAAAGAAACCGGAGAUAA